AUGACUGGCGAGGGCAAAGCCGAGCGUGCCGACGCUCGCCGCCGCAGCUCACGUAUCUCUCGGGCAUCUCUGAGCGGGGACUGGAACAGUCUGGACGAGUAUGGAAAGCUCGUCAAAUAUGUGUCGACAUUCCAUGAUGGCGCUGCAGCGGAUGAAGAGCGGGGGGAACUGGUCGAGAAACGAGUCUGGUACGCCCCGUGGAAGAAGCGAAAGGUCCACGUCAAAAAGGUCGAGGCGGAAACCGGCAAGUUUCCGGACGAGUGGACCAUGACGGAUAUCCGAGAGGGACUUUCUAGCAAUGAAGUUCCACUGCGUCGCCGUCGGGCUGGGUGGAAUGAGUUGACGGCCGAGAAGGAGAAUCCUAUCGCUAAGGUCCUGUCUUACUUCCAGGGUCCAAUUCUCUACGUCAUGGAGUUGGCUGUUUUGCUUGCCGCUGGUCUAGAGGAUUGGGUUGACUUCGGUGUCAUCAUUGGUAUCCUGUGUCUGAAUGCGUCAGUGGGCUGGUAUCAGGAGAAGCAGGCUGCGGAUGUGGUUGCGAGUCUCAAGGGUGACAUUGCCCUGCGUGCGCAAGUUAUUCGUGACAGUACUCAACAAGAAUGUCUUGCUAGAGAGUUGGUUCCAGGCGAUGUAGUCAUUGUUGGCGAAGGUCAAGUUGUGCCUGCAGACUCCAGGGUCAUCUGUGACGUCAAGGAUGAACAUGGCUGGGAAGAGUUCAACCAACUUCAAGAGCAGGGUAUGCUAGGUGGAGGGUCCGAGUCUGAUGAAGAGGAUGACCCAAGCAAGGCCGAUAAGGAAAGGGAUGAAGGUGAUGGCAAGGCCAAGGAGGAAGACGAACACCAGGCAAAGAAGGCUCGCAGACGUGGUUAUCCUAUCUUGGCUUGUGAUCACUCUGCCAUCACGGGCGAGUCGCUUGCCGUGGAUCGUUAUAUGGGAGACAUGAUCUUUUACACGACUGGCUGCAAGCGUGGCAAGGCGUAUGCAGUCGUUCAAACGGGUGCGAGGACUUCCUUCGUUGGCCGCACUGCAACUAUGGUGCAAUCUGCUAAAGGUGCUGGUCACUUCGAACUUGUCAUGGACAAUAUCGGAACAUCUCUCUUGAUUCUUGUUAUGGCCUGGAUCCUCGCUGCGUGGAUUGGUGGUUUCUUCCGUCAUAUUCCUAUCGCUUCGCCUGGUCAGCAGACUUUGCUUCACUACACUCUGUCUUUGUUAAUCAUUGGUGUACCUGUCGGUCUACCUGUUGUGACGACUACCACCAUGGCUGUUGGUGCUGCCUAUCUGGCAAAAAAGAAAGCCAUUGUGCAAAAGCUGACUGCAAUUGAAUCGCUAGCCGGUGUUGACAUUCUGUGUUCCGACAAGACCGGUACUCUGACGGCAAACAAACUGAGUAUUCGUGAUCCUUAUGUGGCUGAAGGCGUCGAUGUUGACUGGAUGUUCGCCGUUGCUGCUCUCGCAUCCUCGCACAAUAUUGAAUCUCUCGAUCCGAUUGAUAAGGUGACAAUCUUGACGCUUAGACAAUACCCAAGAGCACGAGAAAUCUUGCGACGGGGUUGGUCAACUGAAACUUUCACGCCCUUUGAUCCGGUUUCAAAACGCAUUGUCACUGUUGCCACCUGCGAUGGCAUUCGAUAUACCUGCACCAAAGGCGCUCCGAAAGCCGUGCUUCAAUUGACAAACUGCUCAAAGGAGACUGCGGACUUAUACAAGGCCAAAGCCCAAGAAUUUGCGCAUCGAGGCUUCCGCUCUCUGGGUGUUGCUGUUCAAAAGGAAGGCGAAGAUUGGGCUUUGCUUGGAAUGCUGCCUAUGUUUGAUCCGCCCCGAGAAGACACAGCCCAUACUAUUAGCGAAGCGCAGAAUCUCGGUAUCAGCGUCAAGAUGCUCACCGGUGAUGCUAUUGCCAUUGCAAAAGAAACCUGCAAGAUGCUGGCUUUGGGCACCAAGGUGUAUAACUCAGACAAGCUAAUUCACGGCGGUUUGAGUGGUGCUAUGGCUAGUGAUCUUGUUGAAAAAGCGGACGGCUUUGCCGAGGUAUUCCCGGAACACAAAUACCAAGUCGUACAAAUGCUGCAAGAACGAGGCCACUUGACCGCUAUGACCGGUGAUGGUGUAAAUGACGCACCGUCUCUUAAAAAAGCUGAUUGUGGCAUUGCCGUUGAAGGCGCCUCGGAAGCCGCCCAGUCUGCAUCAGACAUCGUAUUCCUUGAACCUGGACUUUCGACCAUCAUUGACUCGAUUAAGGUCGCACGUCAAAUCUUCCACCGCAUGAAGUCAUACAUCCAGUACCGCAUUGCACUAUGCUUGCACCUUGAGAUCUACCUGGUGACUUCGAUGAUUAUCCUCAAUGAAAGCAUCCGUGUCGAGCUUAUUGUCUUCCUGGCAUUAUUCGCUGAUCUUGCGACCGUUGCGGUGGCCUAUGAUCAUGCAUCCUUCGAGUUACGACCUGUUGAAUGGCAACUUCCCAAAAUCUGGCUCAUUUCUUGCGUACUUGGUGUACUUCUCGCCUUAGGUACGUGGGUUAUACGAGGCAGCAUGUUCCUGAAGUCCGGAGGCAUUAUCCAAAACUGGGGAUCUAUUCAAGAGGUUCUCUUUUUGGAAGUGGCGCUCACAGAGAAUUGGCUCAUUUUUGUCACUCGCGGCAUCGACACAUGGCCAUCUAUCCACCUGGUGACCGCGAUCCUCGGCGUUGACACUUUGGCUACUAUCUUCUGUCUGUUUGGUUGGUUUACCAACGAAGACAUGAAGACCAAGCCGGCAGAUCACUUUGUAGAGACGAAGAAUGGCUGGACUGACAUCGUCACUGUUGUACGAAUCUGGGGUUAUUCACUUGGUGUGUCGAUUGUUAUCGCUUUGGUAUACUUCAUCUUGAACAAGAUCAAGUGGCUCGAUAAUAUGGGUCGUGUCCAGCGCGACAAGGGGGAGAUCAAAAUCGAGAGUUUCCUUGCUCACUUGUCUCGUCUUGUGGUUGAGUACGAGGAAGGGGGCGCCCCGAAAGGCCGGUUACGCUUGGCUACAAGCAAGGAGGAGGAGGAGGCUGAGUAA